UCCUCCAUCGCGCAGCGCGGGGUCAUGGUGCCGGGGGGGCUCCUGCUGCUGCUUCUGCUGCUGCUGCGGGCGGCCCCGAGGGGGGCAAGAGGGUCGUGCCGCCCGCAGCCCUCCUGCGAGGAGUGCAUCAGCUCCCACCCGUCGUGCGCCUGGUGCGAGGAGCCGGACUUCCAAGGGGGGGCACAGGCGGAGGCAUCGCGCUGUGCCCCACGGGCAGCCCUGGAGCGCUCCGGGUGCCCCCCCGGGGCCAUCGUGGAUCCCCACGGGCAACUGUGGGUCCUGAGGGACACGGAGCGGGGGGACAGCGGGGGGCAGCUGCGGCCCCACAGCAUGGAGAUGGAGCUGAGGGCUGGUGAGGAGCUGAGCUUCGCCGUGCGGUUCCGGCGGGCGCGGGCGGUGCCGGUGGAUCUCUACUUCCUCCUGGACCUGUCCUACUCCAUGCGCGAUGAUCUGCGCCUGCUGCAACGCCUGGGCAGCGAGCUGCUGCGCGCCCUGCGCAACGCAUCCAGCGCCGCACGCAUCGGCUUCGGCUCCUUCGUGGACAAGCCGCUGCUGCCCUUCUCGGCGGUGACCCCGCAGCGCAGCCCUUGCCCCUCCGCCGAGCCCUGUGCUCCCCCCACCGCGUUCCGCCACGUGCUGCCGCUCACCAACGACAGCGCCGAGUUCACGCGCCGCGUGAGCAGCCAGCGCGUCUCCGGGAACAUGGACGCGCCCGAGGGCGGCUUCGACGCCAUCGUGCAGGUGGCGGUGUGCCAGGAGCGCAUCGGCUGGCGCCCGGUGACGCGGCUGCUGCUCUUCGCGUCGGACGACACGUUCCACAGCGCGGGGGACGGGCGCCUGGGGGGCAUCGCGCUGCCCUGCGACGGCCGCUGCCACCUGGACGCGCACGGCGAGUACAGCCGCAUCCCUGCAUUCCCAGGACAGCAGCGGGGCGAGUGCGUGUGCGGGCGCUGCCGGUGCCGCCCCGGGUUCGGCGGCCGCGGCUGCGGGUGUCCCCUGGCGCGGGACGGCUGCGUGCGGGGCGGCACCGAGUGCAGCGGGAACGGGCGCUGCGAGUGCGGGCGCUGCCGGUGUCACCGCGGGUUCGUGGGGACGCACUGCGAGCACUGCCCCCACUGCGCCGGGCGCUGCGUGAGGCUGCGGGACUGCGCGGACUGCGGUGCCUUCGGGCUGGGGCCGCUGCGGGGGAACUGCAGCCACGCGUGCAAUGGGACGGCCCUGCGGCUGCUGCCCCCCCCCGCGCCCCCCAGCCCCGCGCUGUGCCGGGAGCAGACCCCCGACGGCCGCCUCCUCGUGUUCCUGGUGGGGCGCGGGGACGGGGAUGAGGACGAGGAGGGGGGGGACGUCGCCAUCACCGUGUGGGCUGAGGAGGCCCCACUGCGGCAGUCCCCGCUGCUGGUAGCGGUGGUGGCGGCGGCGGUGGCCGUGGGGCUGCUGCUGGUGGCCGCAUGGGGCCGCGUCUCCGUGGAGCUCCACGACCGCCGCGAGUUCCGGCGCUUCGAGCGCGAGCGGCUCCGCGCCACGUGGGACCAGGACAACCCUUUGUUCAGGAGCGCGACCACCACCACCGUCAACCCCAACUACUUUGGGAGUGACAACGGGGACAGCGCCACCGGGACCCCACGGUGA